AUGCUCAGACUGCCAGACAUGCUUUUCUCUCCUCUUAUCUGUUCCAGCAGCAGUGGCAGAGGGGCAGAGUGUGCGUUUGGGUCCUCAGUGAUGGGUGGCGUGCAGGAGGAGCAGGCCUACAUCUAUGGCCAACAUGAAGACUUUUGCAGCGUGUCUGAGUGCGAGGUGGUGAAGCAACUCAAGCAGAUAUAUGUCCAAUCUGACGUCCCACCAUGGAGUCAGCUCACCUUUUGGGGACCACUAAAAAACGAGUGA